CCCGCGAAAUCGCGAUGAUUCAAACUUGAAAAAAAAUUUUCAUAAUUUUUGUGCAUGCGUUCGAAAAUGGUGUUCUGUUCGGUAAAUUGAGUGCUUAAUAAUCCGAUAACGAGAAGUUGUUUUAAAAAUGUGCGGUUUUGAUGCGUUUUUGUGAAUAAUUUCUCAUUUAGCGAAGAGAUUAGCAUUUUCCGGAAAUAAUGUGCGAAUUUCGACGAACACGCAGCAAAGUCUGGUGGUCGAAUUAUUUCCACGAAGAUGACGAAACAGACGACAUAGUCCAUCAUCCAUCGUUAUCACGUUCGACCACUUCACGUUUCAGUUGGAGACGUUCCCUGGUCGAAGACAGCAGUCGGAAUUCGUCGAGUAGUCCGAGCAACGGCAGUCAUAAAUCGCAAGACUCGGGGUUUUCUGAUUCCGAAUCAUCUUCGCCUUCAAGCUGCGGUUCGAAGUCAGACAGCGAUAAUCGCGUCAAAAGCGACGAAUCCUGCGACAAAUGCGCGUCAGACGAGUCGAAAAACGACGAAAGCCCCAAUUCGCCGACCGAAUCGACCCUUUCCAAGUUACCAGAAAUACCAGUACGAAUCAGUAGGCCACAUUUGUUACGAUACAAAAAACGAGACAGGAAUCAGGAUAAAAACGAGAAAAAUCUACAACUGGUUAAAUCGAAAUGCAAUUCGAUCAGCAGCUAUUUGGCUGAUUGCUAUUUUCCUAUCAACGAUUUCGUUAACGAACCAAAAACACCAAAGGCUGAGUUACCUUGCGCGGAAACGUCGUCUCAAAGAUGUACGCUCUCCAGAUCCCAAACGUGUCACUCUCUGUAUUCAGAAUCGAGCGCGGAUGAAUCCAGAACUUGUUUCAUCGUCGAUGAGUUACCUAAAUUGAGAAGUCCCUCGCUGGAAAAUAUCGAGAAAACCCCUCUCGGCAGCACCGAUACUUUAUCUUCGAGUAGUUUCGAAAAUAACGAUACGGUCAGAUUUCUCGAUAAAAAAGAUCCGCCGAGUGGUCGCUGUUCGCCCGAGUUGCGUGCCGUCGAACAAAAGGAUUUACCUUGCUUGAAUGUCGAUUUGUUGAAGAAGAACGAUCACAAUGAAACUUUAGAUUUAAGCCUGUUACCAGAACCAGCUCAUUCGUCGACACCUAAGAAAGAUGAAGUCAAGUUACGCGCUGCCAAAAAAAUCAGAUCUCCGUCUCCUGUGACUGUAGAAGAUAAUAAACCCAUAGAUCCACCAGUGGCAAGAUGGCUUCGCGAAUCAAGAUAUCGUUACGAACCAGAAUGCAUGACGACACUUCAAGCGAAAUCCAUCUCGCAAUGCUGUAAAAGAAAUCCAAGCACGAUGGUCGUUUGGGAUUCAGUCAACUCAGUCCUUACGUUUCAACAUCGAACUAAACUCAUCGCCAACGAAUUUUUAAAAUUGUACGAAAAAAUCAACAUAUGCACUGCAGACGACACUAGUUCACAUAUACAAGGUUUAAUUAAUAAUAUUAUGGAGUUCAUCAUCGGUUAUUCGCAAUUGUUACCUAGAAUGGAAUCGAAUGAUAAAGAGAAUCUUCUCAAAUUAAUGGAUAUGGGUGAUAGGCUGAGGCAAAUUAUCAACACUUCGAUCGAUCAAUCCGCUUUACUGAAUGAGAUCAAUAUUUUAGAGAAAUUUUUUUCACGUUUCGUCGACAGUGUGCUGAUUCAACAAAUCACUCUAUUGUCAUCUAUACUGGAAAACCCAAGCAGCGAGAUCACAUUAUUAAACGCACUUUCCAGUAUUUCCACUUUGAGUACGAAUACUUCUCGUGUCAGCGAACUGAUCACUCAUUUCAACGGAAUUCAAAAUUUACUCUCGAUAUGCGCGCAUUCCAUUUCAUCUAUUAACGUGAGAACAGCAGCUUUACGUACAUUGGCAGCAGUUUGUCAAAAUUCAGUCAGCAUUCGGCAAUUAGAAAAAGCCGGAGGAAUUGAAAUACUUUCAAGGUUACUUUCGGAUGAAGAUACGUCAGAAAAUGAACGAUUAGAAGUCGUAUCAGUGCUAGUCCAAAUUACCGCCCCCUGGAUCGAAGAUGGUCACGUUAUUAAAGGAUUGGUUUAUCAUUUGUAUCCGAUUAUCGAAUCAUUAACUCGAUUAAUAGAACGAUGCGAAUCCUGCGAAACACUACUCCUAUCAUCCGCAGCUCUAGCAAAUAUCACUUUCAUCGAGCCUCAAGCUGUAUUCGUCCUAUUACAACUGGACACAGCAAGAUGUCUCCUAACAUCUGUAAGAAAUCUAGGAGUGCGAGCUUCGGUAUUCCUUCAAGAACAAGUCGCCACAUUAAUUGCAAACAUGGCAGCAGUACCAGAGACAAGACCACACUUGGCACAGCAUAGGGCAGUGGGUGCUUUACUUUGUUUCUUGCAAGUUAAACAUUCACCCAUUCAAACCGCCGCUGAAAUUUCUGCUGCUGAACGUCUACAGCAUAAAUCAGCCAUAGCUUUAUCCAGAUUAUGCACUAAUCCAGAAAUAGCGAAACAAGUUAUCGAAUUACAAGGUGUCACGCGAUUAGUAAGAUUAUGUCGGGAAGAACGUGAAAGAAAUUACAGCGAUGGUGUAUUAGUCGCUUGUCUGGCUUCUCUACGUAAAAUUACUGCUGUCUGCGGAAACGACGUGAUUGAUAAACUCGAUGCCAAAGAAUUAGUCGAACCCAGAUUGGUUGAUUCGUUUCUUCUGUAUUCAUCCAGACAAGAAAGUUACGUCUAAGUUCAUUUAACUUUUUUUUAAAAGUGUAAGUUCUUACCUCGUGUUUUUGUUUUUCACGUAUACCUACUUACAGCUUCUUUUAUACGUUUUCUUGUCUUGUACACGUGUAUUUUUUCUUGUCUUUGAAUUAGUUUUCCUUGUAAUACGAUUCUUUGAUGCUAUGUUUAUUUUAUUACAGUGUGCCAUAUUUUAUUUUUAUACUAUGUUUUCGUAUCUUGUACUCAUACUCGCGUAUUAUAUUGUUUUUUUUUCAGUCAUUCAUUAUCAUUAUGAAUAAAAUAUAGCAUAACUUAUCGUUAGA